AUGUCACAAUACUACGGCGCACCGCCGAACCAGGGGUACACUCCGACCGGUGCUCAGAACCUCCAGUUUUACUCGUCCAACUAUGCACAACCAGUCUCGGGCCAUGCGACGCCAUCACAAGCAUCCUACGGCUACGGCGCGCCCUCGUCGGGAGCCUACGGCGCAUCCGCCUCCUUUAAUUCCGGCUUUGGAGACCCAGCAGACGUGUCCGGGCGCAUGGGCGAGCAGGGCGGUCUCCAGACGGGUUGGCUCGCCGCCUUCUCAACAGAGGGUUACCCCGGCGAGCCACCGCUGCUAGAAGAGCUAGGCGUGAACGUGGGACAUAUCGGAACAAAGACCCUCGCCGUCCUCAACCCCUUCAGCCGCAUCGACCAGCACCUCAUGGAUGACAGCGACCUCGCCGGCCCGCUCUUCUUCUUCCUCCUCUACGGCACCUUCCUCCUCCUCUCGGGGCGCGUACACUUCGGGUACAUCUACGGGCUGGCCGUGCUCGGCUCGGUGCUCCUCCACGGCAUCCUGUCCCUCAUGGCGCCCAGCCAACACCUCGACCCCACCACCGGCGGCCCCCCCAACCCCACCGCCCCCUCCUACAGCAGCAGCGCCUCCAACCCCUCUCCCCACGCCCCCGGCACCACCACCAGCGGCGGCAGCAACCUGACCUUCGCGCGCUCGGCCUCCGUGCUCGGGUACUGCCUGCUCCCGCUGGUCAGCACCAGCCUGGUGGGGAUCUUCAUGCCGAUGGACAAGCCGGCGGGGAUCACGCUGACCAGCGCCGCCAUCAUGUGGUGCACGUGGAGCGCGAGCGGCAUCUUCUGCGCCGUCGGCGGCAUGCGUGGUAUGCGUGCCCUGGUCGCUUACCCGCUGGCGCUGUUCUAUGUCGGGUUCGGCAUCAUUGCCGUGUUUAGUAGCCGCGGCAGUGGGUCGUUUGUGAAGGUGGCCGCGGCGGGUGGGGGGGCCGUUGGGGGUGGUGGUGGUGUUGGGGGGAUUUAG